AGAUCCAAGCUGGACUUGGUAGGGGAGGUUUCCUCGCUUGGACGACCUGAGGACUUUGCAACUGCUGCUGAGACCAUGUCUAGCAAUGGUACAGAUGCGCCUGCCGAAGCUCAAGCUGCUAUGGAGGAACCUGUUGUGCAGCCCAGCGUGGUGGAUCGUGUUGCCGGCCUGCCUCUUAUCAGUUCCACGUAUGGGAUGGUGAGCGCCGCCUACACCUCCACCAAGGAGAACUACCCCCACGUCAGGACUGUGUGCGAUGUGGCUGAGAAAGGCGUCAAGACCCUCACCACGGCCGCUGUCAGCACAGCACAGCCCAUCCUGUCCAAGCUGGAGCCCCAGAUUGCGACGGCCAGUGAGUAUGCACACCGAGGGCUGGACAGACUGCAGGAAAGCCUGCCCAUCCUCCAGCAGCCGACUGAGAAGGUUUUGGCGGAUACUAAGGAACUGGUGUCAUCUACAGUGUCUGGGGCUCAAGAAAUGGUAUCUAGCUCAGUGUCUAGUGCGAAGGAAACAGUGGCCACCCGGGUCACAGGAGCGGUGGAUGUGACCCUCGGGGCUGUGCAGAACAGCGUGGACAAGACCAAGUCAGCAAUGACCAGCGGUGUCCAAUCAGUCAUGGGCUCACGUGUGGGACAGAUGGUGAUUAGCGGAGUGGACAGAGUGCUUGUGAAAUCAGAGGCCUGGGCAGACAAUCGCCUGCCCCUGACAGAGGCGGAGCUAGCUCUGAUUGCCACACCCCCGGAGGACUCGGACAUGGCCUCACUGCAGCAGCAGCGACAGGAGCAGAACUACUUUGUCCGGUUGGGCUCUCUCUCUGAGAGGCUGCGCAAUCACGCCUAUGAACACUCCCUCGGCAAGCUGCAGAAUGCCAGGCAGAAGGCACAGGAGACGCUGCAGCAGCUAACAAGUGUGCUCGGCCUGAUGGAAUCCGUGAAACAGGGUGUGGACCAGAGGCUGGGGGAGGGGCAGGAGAAGCUGCACCAGAUGUGGCUCAGCUGGAACCAGAAGACCCCACAGGAUGCUGAAAAGGACCCAGCUAAGCCAGAGCAGGUGGAGGCCCGGGCACUCAGCAUGUUCAGGGACAUCACCCAGCAGCUGCAGAGCAUGUGUGUGGCCCUGGGGGCCAGCAUCCAGGGCUUGCCCAGCCACGUCAGGGAGCAGGCACAGCAGGCCCGCAGCCAGGUGAACGACCUUCAGGCCACCUUCUCCGGCAUUCACUCCUUCCAGGACCUCUCAGCCGGCGUUCUUGCCCAAACUCGGGAGCGCAUAGCCAGAGCCCGGGAGGCCCUAGACAACACUGUGGAGUACGUGGCCCAGAACACUCCAGCCAUGUGGCUGGUGGGCCCCUUCGCUCCUGGAAUCACAGAGAAAACCCCUGAAGGGAAGUAGGGAGAAGGUUCAGGGCCAACAUCUAUCUGGCUUGACUGCUUUUCCCAACAGUCCAAUUGCACAACAGGUCCUCCCCUACUGAGUCUGAAUGAGACAUGUGUUUAACCUAUUCCCAUCAGUCUUUUAAAGCAAUUUUUUUUCUAGAAUGUUCCAGGGGUAAAAAGAUCCAGAACAUUCUAGAAAAAAAAAAUGUUUUUUUCCUAAAAAAAAAAAAAAAAAAAAAAUGAGGAAUGAGGGUAAUGAAUAGUGAUAGCACUAGUCUGUCAUCCUGUGUCAGCACUGUGGUAUAGAGGCAAGAGGGUCACAGGUUCAAAGCCCGGCUGCCACAUCACAAAUUCAGUGAUAGUCUAAGCUACAUUAGACCUUGUCUUGAAGUAAAAAAAGGCAUAAUGAUUUUUCACUCCGGGUUUCUUUUCUACAUCAUGGCCCACAAUAGCAAGAGCUUUUCUUGUUUGUUUUUUUUUUUUUUUUCCUGAGACAGGGUUUCUCUGUAUAGCCCCUGGCUGUCCUGGAACUCACUUUGUAGACCAGGCUGGCCUUGAACUCAGAAAUCCACCUGCCUCUGCCUCCUGAGUGCUGGGAUUAAAGGCCGGCUAGCAAGAGCUUUUCUAACAGACCCUGAUACCUGGCCCAAGAACCCAGCAACUGUGACAGGAUAGACAGCUGGGAUGUUGCAAUUGUUUCAGAUGAGAAAGUGAGGGCCGAGUACACUGUUCCUCAAAUCCUGGGGCUCAGUAUUGCCUUAAUAAAUUUUAUAUGCAUCAGAGGCC